UACAGUAAUUUUUGUUUUUGUUUGUGUUGUAGGUGCAAAACAUUUAAUUAAUGAUAAUGAAAAUACAGAAACAAGAACAGCAGCUGCCCAACCUGAAAGCACUUAGCUAUUCACCAAUGUCCAGUGCCUCUAUAUCCUGCGAACGCCAAGUACUUGCCCCCUUCUCCGAAUCAAGUCUUGAAGAUUUCCAUCCUGUAACACUUUUGGACACCCCUUCCCGGCUCUUGGCUGAGGAUGAACUUUUCCCCGAGCAGGAAACUUGUGAGCUCGGCUCACCAAACAAUCUUAACGGGAUGGAGGACAGUGGAGGGGGUGGGACUGGCGUAAAGAAAAAACGAAAAAAAAAGGAGCAGGGGGAGGAGAAGGAGAAGGAGUCAAAACCAAAGAAAAAGAAGGAGCCCAAGAAAGUUAAAGAGCCUAAAAAAGCAAAAGAGCCCAAAGAGGCGAAGGAACCCAAACAACCCAAGAGCCCUAAGGAAACCAAGAAGCAAAGGAAACUGAAGGAGCCAAAACCUCCUAAAGAGAAGAAAGCCAAUUCAGAAACGGUUGUUAAAACCAAAUCUAAGAAAACAAGCAAAGAACAGGGACCAAUGCCGGUAGAGAAGAAGAAAAAAGGGAAGAGGAAAGCAGAUUCAUUUGAAGAGGGCAUAGAGAGUGAGUCUUUGCUGAACUCCGCAUGUCCGGGCACAGAGGAGUUUGCAGAGUCGCUGGACAGCCAGAAACGGAGGUCUGGGCGGCAGGUGAAGAGACGGAAAUACAAUGAAGAUCUUGAUUUUAAAGUGGUGGAUGAUGAUGGGGAAACUAUUGCUGUGUUGGGACCCGGGAGAGCAUCUGCAUUGUCUGCAUCCACACUGGCAUGGCAGGCUGAGGAACCUCCUGAAGACGAUGCCAAUAUAAUAGAAAGGAUCCUAUCUUCGAGACUUGUUCAAAAAGAGAUCAUUCCUGCAGGAUUGCCAGUGGAAGCGGAGGAAUUUUAUGUCAAGUAUAGAAAUUUCUCAUAUCUUCACUGUAAGUGGGCAACUCUUCAAGAUCUGGAGAAAGAUCCAAGGAUCCAGCAGAAAAUCAAGCGGUUUCGUAACAAACAAGCUCAGAUGAAACAUAUAUUUACUGAGCCAGAUGAAGAUAUGUUUAAUCCAGACUAUGUGGAGGUGGACAGAGUAUUAGAGGUGGCUCAUACGAAGGACUCUGACACAGGAGAGGAGGUGACACAUUACCUGGUGAAGUGGUGCUCGCUGUCCUAUGAAGAAAGCACUUGGGAGCUGGAGGAAGAUGUUGAUCCUGGCAAAAUCAAAGAAUUUGAAGUGCUUCAAGUUGUGCCUGAGCACACUGUCACAGAGCGACCGCCUUCUGAUUUGUGGAAGAAGCUGGAGUGUUCUCGCACAUAUAAAAAUAACAACGAGCUAAGGGAAUACCAGUUGGAAGGCAUGAACUGGCUGCUCUUCAAUUGGUACAACAGAAAGAACUGUAUCCUGGCAGAUGAGAUGGGUCUUGGUAAAACCAUUCAGUCAAUCACUUUCCUCUCAGAGAUUUUUUUCAUGGGCAUCCGUGGGCCUUUUCUGAUUAUUGCUCCGCUGUCCACCAUCACCAACUGGGAGCGGGAAUUUCGAACGUGGACCGAGAUGAAUACUGUGGUUUACCAUGGGAGCCAAAUCAGUCGGCAGAUGAUCCACCAGUAUGAGAUGUUCUACAGGGAUGCUCAAGGAGGGCCAGUUCCAGGAAUCUUCAAGUUCCAUGUGGUCAUCACAACUUUUGAAAUGAUCCUGGCGGACUGUCCAGAGCUGAAGAAAAUCAGGUGGAGCUGUGUCAUCAUUGACGAGGCCCAUCGGCUGAAGAACAGGAACUGCAAGCUCCUUGAAGGACUGAAACUUAUGGCACUGGAACAGAAGGUACUUCUCACUGGAACUCCCCUACAGAACUCGGUGGAAGAGUUGUACAGCCUGCUCAACUUCUUAGAACCAAAUCAGUUCCCUUCUGAAAGCACUUUUCUGGAGGAGUUUGGAGACCUUAAAACUGAAGAACAAGUAAAGAAGCUGCAGUCAAUUUUGAAGCCAAUGAUGUUGAGGAGGUUGAAGGAUGAUGUGGAAAAGAACCUGGCACCCAAGCAAGAAACCAUUAUUGAGGUGGAGCUGACCAAUAUUCAGAAGAAAUAUUACCGAGCAAUUCUGGAGAAGAACUUCACAUUCCUGGCCAAAGGGGCCAACCAGCAUAACAUGCCUAAUCUCAUUAACACCAUGAUGGAGCUCCGGAAGUGCUGCAAUCAUCCAUACCUCAUCAACGGUGCUGAAGAAAAGAUUUUAGAGGACUUCCGCAAGAAUCAUAAUCCAGACGCCUCCGAUUUCCAGCUCCAGGCAAUGAUUCAAGCGGCAGGAAAACUUGUGCUGAUUAAUAAGCUAUUGCCGAAACUCAUUGCUGGAGGGCACAAAGUUCUCAUCUUUUCCCAGAUGGUUCGCUGCUUAGACAUCCUAGAGGAUUAUCUCAUCCAGAGAAGGUAUACUUAUGAGCGAAUCGAUGGAAGGGUACGAGGUAACCUGCGGCAGGCAGCCAUUGACAGAUUCUGUAAACCAGACUCUGAUCGUUUUGUAUUCCUGCUCUGCACUCGGGCUGGAGGUCUGGGAAUCAACUUGACAGCUGCCGACACUUGUAUUAUCUUUGAUUCUGAUUGGAACCCUCAGAACGACUUGCAGGCCCAAGCACGUUGCCAUCGUAUUGGUCAGAGCAAGGCAGUGAAAGUGUAUCGUCUGAUUACAAGGAACUCUUAUGAGCGGGAGAUGUUUGACAAGGCCAGCUUAAAACUAGGUUUGGACAAGGCAGUUCUACAGGACAUCAACAGGAAAGGAAAUACUAAUGGGGUGCAACCGUUGUCCAAAAUUGAGGUUGAGGAUCUCCUCCGGAAAGGAGCAUAUGGUGCUCUGAUGGAUGAAGAGGAUGAAGGUUCCAAAUUCUGUGAAGAAGACAUUGAUCAAAUUCUGCAGCGUAGAACACAGACCAUCACUAUCCAGUCUGAAGGAAAAGGCUCAACAUUUGCCAAGGCCAGUUUUGUGUCCUCUGGUAACAGAACAGACAUCUCUCUGGAUGAUCCUAACUUCUGGCAGAAAUGGGCGAAGAUUGCCGAGUUGGACACAGAUGCCAAGAAUGAAAAAGAUAGUUUAGUCCUUGACCGUCCCCGCGUGAGGAAACAAACCAAACAUUACAACUCCUUUGAGGACGACGAGCUGAUGGAAUUCUCAGAGCUCGAGAGUGACACAGAGGAGCGACCGACAAGGUCACGGCGACUGAAUGACAAAACACGCCGUUACCUACGGGCGGAAUGCUUUCGAGUGGAAAAGAACUUACUCAUAUUUGGCUGGGGGCGCUGGAAGGAUAUCCUGACGCUGGGACGAUUUAAAUGGCACUUAAAUGAGAAAGACAUGGAGAUGAUCUGCAGGGCUUUGCUGGUUUACUGUGUGAAGCACUACAAAGGAGAUGACAAGAUCAAAAGCUUCAUAUGGGACCUCAUCACUCCCAUAAAAGAUGGUGGAAGCAACCAGGCUCUGCAGAACCACUCAGGUUUGUCUGCCCCCGUUCCACGUGGAAGGAAAGGGAAGAAAAUGAAGAAUCAGAUGUUAUUGCCAGAGAUCAAGAAUGCUGAUUGGCUGGCAAGCUGCAACCCAGAGAUUGUCUUGCAUGAUGAGAGCUACAAGAAGCACCUCAAACAACAUUGUAACAAGGUCCUUCUACGGGUACGAAUGCUGUACUACCUAAAGGCAGAAGUGCUUGGGGAUGCAGCUGUCAAAGCUCUGGAAGGUGUACAUGCAAGGGACCUGGAAGUAAUGCUACCUGACAUAGACUACGUAGAAAUACCUGUGGACUGGUGGGAUGCUGAAGCUGACAAAUCACUUCUGCUUGGCGUUUAUAAGCAUGGAUAUGAGCGUUACUGUGCCAUGAGAGCAGAUCCAGCCCUCUGCUUCCUGGAGAAGGUGGGGAUGCCAGAUGAGAGUGCCCUGUCUGCUGAUGGCGUUAAUGAUGUCAGUAAUGACCUAGCAGAAAGAUCUGGCCCAGAGAAAGAAGAGAAUAAUGAAGACAAACAGGAGGGGCAGCAGGAGAACUCAAAUAUCAAGGAGAACACUGAGGAGCAGGUGGACGAGGAGAUCAGUACAGGUGAGAAUAUGAGCUCCCAGGAUAGCCCUGAAUCAGACAAACUCUUGUGGCCCGUUGCGUCAGCUUUGACUGCUAGACUGCGAAGACUCAUAACCAUAUACCAGCGCUGCAACCGCAAGGAGAUAUCUCGGCCGGAGAUUUUGGCUCCCACCAACCACAACUAUUGGCUGCAAGAGGAUAUGGCCAGGAGAGCAGAGAUGGAUCCUAUCAUGAAAGAAAUACAGAAAAGAUGGACCAGAAGGGAGCAGGCUGACUUCUAUCGGACAGUGUCCUCCUUUGGAGUCAUCUAUGAUCCAGAUAAGAAGUGCUUUGAUUGGAUGCAGUUCCGCGCACUGUCCCGCCUUGAUAAGAAGACAGAUGAGAGCUUAGAAAAGUACUUCCACAGCUUUGUGGCCAUGUGCAGAAAUGUGUGCCGCCUCCCUCUCAGAAAAGAUGAUGGGUCUGCUGAUCCCUCUAUUUAUUUGGAUCCAAUAACGGAAGAACGUGCAGCAAGAACUUUAUAUCGUAUAGAACUUCUUCGCAAGGUUCGGGAGCAGGUUUUGAGGCACCCACAACUCAAUGAGCGGCUUAAACUAUGUAGGCCUAGCCUUUACCUUCCUGUAUGGUGGGAAUGUGGUAAACAUGAUAGAGACCUUCUACUAGGCACUGCCAAGCAUGGGCUAAGCCGUACGGAUUACUACAUCAUGAAUGAUUCUCAGCUCUCCUUUUUGGAUGCCUACAGGAAUUACUCUCAGCAUAAGAGAAGCAGUAGUGAGAAUAUGUGUUGCCAUUACCAGAUGGGCUCCAAGUUGUAUGAACCUGCUACUUGUCACUUAGAGAGGACAUUUGAUUCUGCAAAGGUGGAGACUGAAAAUGAGAUUAAAAUUGAAGCUGUGGAGGAGCCCAUCGGAAGACCUGACUGCAGUCCUAAGGAAGUUGGGAAUUUCUCCUCCCGAGUGGGCGAGAUGAUAACCAACAACCAUGACGGGUGUUCUCUACCUGAUUCGCUCAUGUGUAUAAUGUAUGACAAGAAGUCUUGCAACAGCUCCCUUCUUCAAGUCGGCACCAGUGAACAGCGCUCCCUCGCUCAGGAAAGUUUCCUAGGAUUAGAGGAAAAGUCUGAGCCAAAUGACUACUCUCUCAAUAAGACUAAGGUGGACAAUUUAUCACAGAGUGAGGAGCCUGUUUCUAGAGACUGUUUUCUGGGAACCAGUGAACAGGAGGAUCCUUUAGAAGGCCAAGAUGGCAACCUGGGCAAACUGUUUAACAGCAGCGGGAACCAUAUCAGCUUGUCAGUAGAGGAGGAUGAACAGCAAAGCAUCGGACAAAGGGGCCCAAAGACUUUAAAUGAUGACCAUUUUUUUACAGAUCUGGGCCAAACUGCUGAGCAGUCCCUAGGCCUGGAUCUGGAGUUUCUGGACAAAACAUAUGAACAUUCAACUCUGAGCCCCAGUCUCAAUGAGGAGAUCAAAGAAUGUAGCAUAUUAAGAGAUGGUCCAGACAGCCCAAACUGCAGCCAUCUUCCGGUCGAAGAAAAAGAGGACUGGGGAGCUGAGCUGCAAGAAAUUAAAGAUGACCCCAUUGUAAAAUGGCAGAAGGAGUUAGAUGACAUGAAGGAUCUUCCUUUGGAAGAAAGUUCUGAAGAGCACAAAGUAAAAGACUUGAGAGUUCAGAAUGAUGUCUUGGAGCUAGACCAGGAUUGUGUUGUUCAUGCCUUGGACAGUAAAGUCUCUCUGGAGCCGGGACACAAAGCUAGUCAAAUGCUUUCUGGCCUCUUAAAGCAAAACACUGAGGAAUUGAAAGCCAAAGCCUCGGAUGAAAAGCUGGCAGAGGAAUCCGCAUCUACUUCUGAUGGGAAAUUGAAAAUGGAAGACUGUGAAAUCAAGAAGGAGAAUGUGGAGGAGGAGUGCUCGUGCAAAGACCUUUUCGAUAAAUAUCCUGAGGAAGAGAUAAAAAGCUGCUCGAUAUCCACUGUGAGGGAAGUGGCACAGGACUUCCAUGAUGGCCGAGCACCUACCAUUGCUCAGCUUCUGCAGGAGAAAACUCUGUAUUCCUUCUCUGAGUGGCCCAAGGAUCGAGUGAUUAUUAACCGAAUUGACAACAUUUGUCACUCAGUUCUGAAGGGGAAGUGGCCAUCCUCGAGCCAGCAGUUUGAAGCACAGUGCAUGGUACCAUCAGUGUUACACAGCAAUCCACCAGUAAGAACCAACUACAGCACUUCAGAAGCACAAAGUUACAGCAAUGGCUCCCCCAGCUCACAUGGACACAAGGAGGCAAUAACUGCUCCUCCAGCAUUUCCCAACGAUGAGCGUAAGCCUAGAAGACCAUUUGAGUUUGACAAUGAGCGGUCAGACGUUAAACCCCGCGUUGUCCAGCAUCUCACGCCUUCCCAUGGGAGGAGUUCUGCAGCUAUUAACGGCUGGAGAGAGACUGCCAUGGAGCUCUGCAGAGAACAAUCUGCGGCCAGCAGCUCAGCCUACUCCAUCAACAGCAGUACGCCCAAGAUGGCUGGGAUAGGCGGCCUGCAGAGUUCUCUGGGAAUGGACUUGUCAGGAAUCCUGCAGGCUGGUCUCAUCCACCCUGUGACGGGGCAGAUCGUAAACGGAAGCCUGCGCAGAGAGGAGUCUGCCCUCCGGAGGAGACGAGGAAGAAGAAAAAAUGUUGAAGGGAUGGACCUGGUGUUCCUAAAGGACAGGGGAAUGCAUGCAGGAAUUGUGGGGAUGCGGGAUGAUAUAAGCCAGCUGAGCUCUACUCACGCAGAAGGCCAAUCGCCUAACAUGUCUGCCAGUACAGCUUCUAAGAUGCAGUCUGAAAAAGUAAUUCCCAAUAAGAGCCUCCUGGAAUGGCUACGCCAGCAGUCAGACUGUACAAUAGACAUGCCGACCUACGGAGGUAGUUACUCAGACAAACCUAAGCCAAGGCGUCCGCGGUACAAGGAACCGGUGAAACUAGAUUUCAGCAUGCUAGCUGGUGAAGACAGGACGUCAGCUGUAAAUAAAGAUGCAGGACGACGGGGGUUCCUCCCGGAAGCAAAGUUUGGUAGAGUGUUGUCUGAACCCUUACUUCAUGAUUCCGGUCCCCGGAGAAGAGGAAGGAGGCCCCGUAGCGAUCUGCUAAAACCUCCAGGAGUGGAUUCCUCUUCAGGCAUUAAUCCCCUUUUCAUGAACGGCCUAAUUGCUGGAAUGGAUAUAGUGGGAUUGCAGAACAUGAGGAAUAUGCAGGGUAUUCCUUUAGCAGGACUUGUAGGCUUUCCUACAGGAUUUACAGCCGUGUCUGCCAAUGAGGAUGUAAAGAACACAUUGAGCAUGUUGCCCAUGAUGCUCCCAGGCAUGGCUACCAUGUCUCAGAUGUUUGGCGUUGGCGGGAUUAUCAACUCUCCCAUCUCUUCUUCUGUGCCAACGUCUUUAGGAAGCACAAUGAAAGGUGGCAUCAACCCUUCGGAGAAACCCACUGAGGACAAGGAUGCCUCCCAGGAGAGUCCGAAAGAUGCCGCGCCUUCGGAGAAAACAGCAGGUGCCUCUUUUAAAGAGCAGACAGAACCCGCAGUGACUACCAGUAGCCCUGUAGCUUUUAACCCAUUCCUCAUCCCUGGCAUGUCCCCAAGUCUGCUUUACCCUUCCAUGUUUCUGUCGCCAGGCAUCAGCAUGUCAAUACCAGGGGUUCAGUCUAACCGCACAUCGGAGGCAGGCGUCCAAGACCUACAGCGGAGGAGAAAGAAGAAAGUUAAGAGUGACUCCCAGACUUCUGAACCUGAGUCUGUGUCCUUAACUGAAGCCACAGACCAGGAGCAGCCCUCUCCCAGUGGUCAGAACUGUGUAGAUAUAAGCGAGGCCCCAGCGUCUGAGAAAGACGAGGACGAUUCUGGUUUAAGAGAGACUCCGGACAAUACCGUUUAGAAAUUUCAUCUCCUUGAAACCCCUUUCCCCCAGAAAUUGUGACUUGUGAGUUCAUUAUCUCAUGACUAUUUCUAGCUUUCUGGCGUGCCCAUCAGUCAAUUCUACCUAAACUCCACGUUUUCUCUCCUCUGGUAUGCCUGUAAAAGCUCUCUACUUUAAAGUAGACCAAACCACAGCACG